AUGCCAGGCGUACCCACCAGUAAAGGCUGUGAAGCCUGUCGGAAAGCAAAGAAGAAGUGCGAUGAACUACAACCCUGCACCCGAUGUGCCAGGCUUCGAUUGCCGUGUAUCGGAAGUGGCUUGCGGCGGUACAAGUUCCAAUCUGUGGAGCUGUCGAGGAGUGCUCAGGGAUCAAAGCUCCAGAUUGCGCAAGUGCCCAAUGAUACACUCACCAUACGGUUUAUCAGCACGCUGGAGAUCCGUGAUGUGCGCUAUGAUAUAACGUAUUAUGGACCAUUUCUCCGAGAUUUACCUCGAAGAUUUGGAUCUAGUCCUGUCUUAGAUGCUGCUGCAACAGCAUUGGUGUCUUCGUAUCCAUAUUUCCAGAAACGGGAUGUCCCGCCUGCGGUGUUGGUGAAAUUUGGAAAAGCUGUGAAAGAACUCCGCGAGUGUUUGAAUAAUCCAGUCAAUGCUCGAUCUCCCAAUACGCUUUGUGCAAUAUACCUAAUUUCUAUAUGUCAGAGCUGGAUUGGAACGUCCCAAAAGCAGAGGUCUAGCCAUGCUGAGGCCAUCGCGCAUAUACUUCGGAUUAUUGAUAUGAAUGAAUAUAAAAGUGGCUUUGCACGGAAUCUGCUCGUCACUCUAUGCGUGCCUGUGAUUCUGGAGGGCAUGCGGGAUCCUCGCAUCCGAAUGAACAAAAUAUUCUGGGAUCAAAUCACAGCUCUUCUCCACCAAAGUCCUCCACCCCCGGAGCACAGCAGUAUCCCGAGACCAAGCAUUGGCUUAUUCUCACUAGCGAUAUUCCCCAAGUAUAUCCACAACCCCUCUCCAUAUAUCCCAGAAAUUACCUCGACUUAUCUGCAACUCAAAAGCGACGCACACAAAAUGCAUUCUUAUCAGAAAUGCGGCUUACUGUCAACACUACCGAGUGUUCAUCAAUCCCGUUAUCAGGCAGCAUGUAUCGUGGUUUCUUCGCUGGCUCUCUUGCUAAACACCGUUCUCCACUCAUUUAAUCUUCCCGACGCCAUGCUCAUUCAAGAGUCAGAUUUCUUCAUUCAAACAGUUAUCGAGGGAGCUGAUGUCGCCUCCCGUGACCGCCCCCUUGGCGCCGCAUAUGUCCCGUUAUGUCUGAUCGUGGCUCUUGCUGCGGCAAAAGAUCCACAACAGGUAUCGUGCAUUGAAAAUAUUUUGACGGAUUAUCAAUCGGACUUCAAGGCUCUAGAAUGGAGAAACUGCACUAAGUGGCUUAAGACGCUGCUGGAAAAUCACCGUCGGCAUGGCCAACUCCCAGAAGUCGGGUUUGAAGUAGAUACUUCCAAGCUGGGGGUUCCAGGAGGAUGUGCUAUGAUGUGA